AUGUCAGGCAGCCGGCAGCCGCCGCAGCACCCAGCGUCCGGGCCGGGCGCCGCGGGCCCUCCCGGGUCCUCGUCCUCCGCCGCCGCCGCUUCCUCAGUCACCACUUCGGCCUCUUCGGCCGCCGCGACGCCUCCGGGCUCCUCCUCCGCCUCCGCCUCGGCCGGGCUGGGGGUCCCCGCGCGGCCUGUGCUGGUGGCGCCCGCCGUCUCCGGUUCUUCCAGCGGCGGCCUUUCGCGGCUGGCUGGGCCCGGCCGGGCCGGGCCGGGGAACGGCGGCGGCGGGAGCGCCGGCGGCAGCAGGAAGAGGCCGCUGCUCACGCCGCUUUGCAAUGGGCUCCUGAACUCCUAUGAGGAUAAGAGCAACGAUUUCGUGUGCCCCAUCUGCUUUGAAAUGAUUGAAGAAGCAUAUAUGACAAAAUGCGGCCACAGCUUCUGUUAUAAGUGUAUUCAUCAAAGCUUGGAGGACAACAACAGAUGUCCAAAAUGUAAUUAUGUUGUGGAUAACAUUGACCAUCUUUACCCCAACUUCCUAGUAAAUGAACUCAUUCUUAAACAGAAGCAAAGAUUUGAGGAAAAGAGAUUCAAACUGGACCAUUCAAAUGGCCACAGGUGGCAGAUAUUUCAAGAUCUGCUGGGAGCAGAUCAAGACAACCUUGAUUUGGCUAAUGUUAACUUAAUGUUGGAGCUCUUGGUCCAGAAGAAAAAGCAGCUGGAGGCCGAGUCCCAUGCUGCUCAGCUACAGAUUUUGAUGGAAUUCCUGAAGGUUGCCAGGAGAAAUAAAAGAGAGCAAUUGGAACAGAUCCAGAAGGAGCUGAGUGUUCUGGAAGAAGAUAUUAAACGAGUGGAGGAAAUGAGUGGCUUGUAUUCACCAGUCAGCGAGGACAGCACCGUGCCUCAGUUUGAAGCUCCCUCACCUUCACACAGUAGCAUUAUUGAUUCCACAGAAUACAACCAGACUCCUGGAUUUAGUGGCAGUUCCCAGACUAAAAAGCAGCCAUGGUAUAACAGUACAUUGGCGUCAAGAAGAAAGAGGCUUACGGCUCACUUCGAAGAUCUGGAACAAUGCUACUUUUCUACUAGGAUGACUCGAGUAUCAGACGACAGCAGAACCUCAAGUCAACUGGAUGAAUUUCAGGAAUGUCUGUCCAAGUUCACGCGUUACAAUUCUGUCCGGCCGUUGGCAACACUGUCGUAUGCUAGUGACCUUUAUAAUGGAUCCAGCAUAGUGUCCAGUAUUGAGUUUGACCGGGACUGUGACUACUUUGCCAUUGCUGGGGUGACAAAGAAGAUUAAAGUAUAUGAAUAUGGCACAGUCAUCCAAGACGCAGUUGAUAUUCACUACCCUGAGAAUGAAAUGACCUGUAAUUCCAAAAUCAGCUGUAUCAGCUGGAGUAGUUACCACAAAAACCUGUUGGCCAGCAGUGACUAUGAAGGUACCGUCAUCUUGUGGGAUGGGUUCACAGGGCAGCGAUCAAAAGUCUACCAGGAGCAUGAGAAAAGAUGCUGGAGUGUGGACUUUAAUCUGAUGGAUCCUAAACUGUUAGCUUCAGGCUCUGAUGAUGCAAAAGUGAAGCUGUGGUCAACCAACCUGGACAAUUCCGUAGCCAGUAUUGAGGCCAAGGCGAAUGUGUGUUGCGUCAAAUUCAGCCCAUCAUCUAGGUACCAUCUAGCCUUUGGUUGUGCAGAUCACUGUGUUCACUAUUAUGAUCUUCGGAACACUAAACAGCCAAUUAUGGUCUUCAAAGGGCACCGCAAGGCUGUUUCGUACGCCAAGUUUGUUAGCGGGGAGGAAAUAGUCUCUGCGUCAACAGACAGUCAGCUAAAGCUAUGGAAUGUAGGAAAGCCACACUGUCUGCGUUCCUUUAAAGGUCAUAUCAACGAGAAGAAUUUUGUAGGCUUGGCGUCAAAUGGAGAUUAUAUUGCCUGUGGAAGUGAAAAUAACUCCCUCUACCUGUACUACAAGGGUCUCUCAAAGACACUGCUAACCUUCAAAUUUGACACUGUCAAAAGCGUUUUGGACAAGGACCGGAAGGAGGAUGACACAAAUGAGUUUGUCAGUGCUGUAUGCUGGAGAGCACUGCCGGACGGGGAAUCCAACGUGCUGAUUGCUGCUAACAGUCAGGGUACAAUUAAGGUAAGUUUGUCUGCUAGGUUCUGUGUUAAAAGAAUGACUGUUGGUAGCAGCAAAAUCAUGGGCACUGGGAGAAGCCCCUAA